AUGAUGGUACCGGUGAUCUUGGCGGCAUUCUUGGCUGCUGCCCUCCUCCCGGGGCCGGCGUCUGCACACGGGGGACUGUCCAACUACACGGUUGGCGAGACUUGGUAUCGAGGAUACGACCCCUCGACCCCACCGGAAGAGCAGCUCAACAAACCCUGGCUCACCCAGCGCCAAUGGACCACCAUCGACCCCCUCUUCAGUCCCACCUCCCCCUUCCUAGCAUGCAACGACCCCGGCACGCCCCCCCCGUCCUCCAUCCCGAUCAGCGCGGGCGAGGUCAUCACGGCGGUGUACUACUACUGGCUUCACCCCGUCGGCCCCAUGACCGCCUGGCUCACCCGCUGCCCGGAGGACAACUGCAACGCUGUCAACCUGACCGAAGCAAAAUGGUUCAAGAUAUGGGAGGCAGGCUUAUUGGAUGGGACACUAGAGCUAGGAACGUGGUAUCAGAAGAGUUUUCAGCGAUGGGAUGGGGAGCCGGGGUUGUGGCCGGUGAGACUGCCAGAGGGUUUGGGUAGUGGGAGGUAUAUCAUUAGACAUGAGAUUCUCAGUUUGCAUGUUGGGUUCAGGCCUCAGUUUUAUCCCGAGUGUGCUCACUUGGAGGUGACGGGGGGGAAGGAAGGGAAGGGGGUGGAGGGGGAGGUCCCGGGGGGGUAUCUGAAGGUUUUUCCUGGGGCGUAUGAUCAAGAUGGUGAGUUACCUAGUUGUGAAUUGGGAAGGGAAAAAGGGAAAGGGUUGAGCUGA